AUGGCAGGGCGCGAGCCUCUCUCCCGCGACGACCCUCGGUACCAGGAAGCACUCGAGAAAGUCGGUGAGACUAUUGCCGCAAAGUUUUUCGAUCCCAGGCGCACCGACGGUGGGUUCGCCCUGCGGUCGAUCGUGUGCCUGACCGGCCUCACGGCGGCUCCCGCGCUCCAGCCUCUCAACGGGCGCAUGGCGGCGGUCGUCGAGGAGCUGGACGCCACCGGAAGAAUGACGGUGACGUUUUCAGGGGUUAUGGGCGCACGGGAGCCGGGGGACAUCCGCCGGCUCUUGCGCGUCCGGCCGAAGAACUGCCGACGCAUUCCCACCGAGAUGGCCCACUGCACGCUGAAGCUCCGGAUGCGCGAUGGUGGUAGACCCCGGGCCGUGCGCGACUUCGCGAGCGAGGCCGCCGAAUUCAAGAGUGACACCGAGGGCAUGGCAUGGCUCGGCUUAUUUAAAUCUAAAGGAAACAAGAUGCCGGAGGACCUGGACGCCGUCGGCUCCUUGGAACGCGCGGGCAUCCAAGUCAGACUGAGUGCGUUUCUGUCGCGCGGCGAGGCGUCGCGGCUGGCGCGGACGACGUGGGCGCGCGCCGUGCGGCGCGACACCGAGCAGCGCGAAGGGCAGAUCGGCCUCAUGCAGAAGCUGAGCGAGAUGCCUGGAGAGCAGCAAAACUUUAAGGUGUUUCAGACCUAUCUGGAUUCGGUGCUCGCGCGCGGCUGCCCGACCAUCGCGAUGAUGCAAACGUGCACAUUCCUUUCCGUCUACACGGAGGAAGUGAGGGCUGGACGGAUCUCGAGAAGGGAGGUCGUGGACGGCGCGCUGAAGUCUGUCUGCACGCUCGCCCGGGAGUGGGCCGCGUUCGGCGUCGUCGCCUACUUUUUCUUCGGGUUCCUGCAAGUCGUGUUCGACGCAGCCGCGAGGCCUCGCAUCUACAUCGGCAACGAGACGGAGUCCGGCGCCUGGCAGGCGCUCGUCGCUAUAUUGCUGGCCCAGGGUGGCGCCGGCGGCGACCCCAUGGGUUGUAUCAUGGCGCUCGGCGCCGCGCGGGGCUUGAUCGUGUCCAUGCAGGAUCCGUACGAUUUCGGCGCGGCGGGCGGGCUCGCAGCGGCGCAUGCCAUUCUCACGUGCCACGGCGCGCCGCCCGAGCUUAUCAACGAGGCGCGUCACCUCGCUGCGUCGAUCUACAGCACGGGCUUCCAGCCGAUCCUGCCGUUCCGCGGCGUGCGAACGUUCUCGAACGUCGACGACGGCGCGAUGGCGCGCAAAUUGGAUUUCUUCCGGCGCUUCGAGGCGGGCGAACUUACGGUUGCCUACACCGACGAGUGGUCGCGGCUCGUGAACACGCCUUCUUCGGAGAGCGAGCCCGCGACCGACGAGGACGAGGAGUCGACCGAUGAGGACGGGGAGUCCUAA